AUGGAUGAUAAUCAUGAAAGCCUUGGCAACAAUGCGCAAUUGGACGGCUCGACUUCAAGUCAACUUCUCGCACGAGUUCAGGACCUUGCACAGCCCGCAUUUGAAAGUUCCAGUGAACUCAUCAACAGUUUGGAGGAACUUGCCCUCAGUCAUGCUAAUGGCACUUCGUCGUCGCAGGGAUUCCCUGCAUACGACGUAAUGAAUUCUGCACGUUUCCAAGAUCCCGUAGUGCGUUCUUUUCGUCGGGAAGACGACAAGUAUUCGAAACCCUCGGAAGACUUUGCCCUCUUUCGGAAAUCGUUCCCGGUGAAGAAGUUUGAAGAGGCCUUGGGCAGAACGGGUCGUUUGAGCUCCGCCCUGAAGGAAAUUUUGCAAAGUGCGGAGGAUUAUGCGAAACUGAAGGUGGAUCCCAAGAGGACAGACAAGGAUGAAGCGGUCGCGCAGAAAGAUUAUAUGCUGUCUUCCAUGUUUUUGCUGACGAGCAGCCAGGAUUCCAAGUGGGGAUUUCCCAUCCGAUACUGUCAUCCUAGAAGCGCUCUUCUUGGAUCAGUUUACUAUGCCAGGUCUGGAGUGUUUUUGAAUUGUGGAGACAAGCAAAAAGCCCUUGAGGACAUUGACAGGGCUCUUAAUUGUGAUGUCUCCAAGGAAACAAGAAGGCAAUUCUACUUGAGGAAACACGAAUGCUUGUAUCCUCAUCACGAGAAGGGUUUCCUGGACAACGUGCAAGGCUUGCUUGGCUUGAAGGACGCGUCAUCGGAAAGUUUCACGAGGAUCAAGAAAGAUGUAGAAGGUGUUGGGAAGUAUGGCUAUGACAAAGACGGACACCCGAGAAGAAAACAUGAAGUUCGUGCGAGUACGCAUCCCGAUAAUAUCGCGAUUAAAAUCACUGGCAAGAAGAACUUGCUCAUCGCGGGUGCGUCUGAUGCCAUCAAGCUCAAGUAUUUGCCGGAACGCGGGAGAUUUUACGUUGCCACUCGUCAGAUUCAACCAGGAGAAAUCGUGCUCGUGGAGAAACCGUAUGCAGUUGUACUUUUCGCGGAGAAUUGGUCGACGCAUUGUCAGUAUUGCGCAGAUGUGGUGAAAAACGGUAUUCCGUGCUCGAAAUGCGCUACGGUUAUUUUUUGUUCGGAAAGUUGCAGAAAAAAGGCCAAACGAUACCAUUCCGUGGAAUGCGAACACAUGAUGAGUUUGGCGCAGUUUGCUUGCACUGGAGGCCCGUACCUCGCGUAUAGGAUGAUCACGGAUCAUCCUCUGGAUUACUUUUUGCAGCGACGAGAGGUCGUGGAAAAAAUGCACGAGGCCUCGACGCAAGUGAUGCCAAUGGGAACAAUUGAGGCCAGAGAAUAUGUCAAUGUCUAUUGUUUAACGGAUCAUGCGACUGAGAAGAGUGCGGAAGAUAUGAGGGAAUCUCUCAUCUCGGCGAUUUAUUUCAUGAAAUUGUUGGAAUCUGCCGGAUAUUUUGGACCUCAUCCGAAUCUGGAAGACAAGGUGUUCAUCACCACGUUGCUCAUGAGGAACAUCAUGAUCUUCGACUGCAGUUAUUUCACGUACCACGAGCGGGAGUUGUCUCGCAACAAUUUGCUCACCGAACCGCCGGACCGAGGAAUGGCCAUCUUCUCCGCAGCGAGUCUCGCCAACCACUCCUGCGCCCCGAACUUGUCGCAUUAUUUCGUCAGUUCGCAUUUGGUCUUGCGAGCCAUGGACGUGAUCGCGGAGGGCCAGGAGUGCUCCAUUUCCUACGGGGAAUUCUUUUACAACUCCCCGAUCCACAAACGACGGCAGUACUUGGACGGCUACUUUUUCAGCUGCGACUGCGUGGCGUGCGAAAAUGACUGGCCGAUGUUGGCGUCUCUUCCGCCGAGUUUGAAAUGUCCUCAUUGCCAGUUUCCAGCGAACUUGGAUAAUGUUCAAGAUAUGGCGAAGUAUUCCUGUCCGCGUUGUGACAUGCCUUGGAAGCCGUUUGUGGACCAGUUUUCCGUUGUCAAGAAAGAGGCGCGUGAGGCGGAUGCUAGGAUCAGUGCAGGUAAUGUUGAUAACAUCAAGGACGACAUUUGGAGCAUUGAGGAAUAUCUCAAGGCGUUGUACGUCGUGUCCGCGCCACCAAAUCCGGAGUACUACGAAGUCUCGAAUGAUCUGAGCUACCUGCAUAUUAUCGAGAGCCUAGUGACGCAGCGGUCUGCUGUGCAAGGCAAUAUUUCAUUAUUUGAUCGCCAGACUAAGCGACACACAAGCCCCCAGAAGAUGGGAGUUCCGGCAUUCUUCCGAUGGCUGAGCAGGAAGUAUCCAUCUGUUAUCAUCUCGUGCGUCGAAGAUCCAUCAUACGUCGAUGAGCAUGGGAACCAAGUACCAGUCGACACGACGAAACCCAAUCCAAACAAUGUCGAAUUCGAUAAUUUGUAUUUGGACAUGAACGGUAUCAUCCAUCCGUGUACUCAUCCUGAGGAUAAACCUGCGCCGCAGAGCGAAGAUGAGAUGAUGACGGCGAUUUUCGAUUGUAUUGAUCGCUUGAUGCGCAUUGUCCGUCCGAGGAAACUGUUGUACAUGGCCAUUGAUGGCGUCGCACCUCGGGCAAAGAUGAACCAGCAGCGAUCCAGACGUUUUCGUGCAUCAAAAGAAUCGUUUGAUAAACAGGAAGAGAUGGCGAAGAUCAAAGAAGAAUUAAGAGCUAAGGGCGCUUACAUUCCCGAGAAAAAAGACGAGUCUUUCCACUUCGAUUCCAAUUGCAUCACUCCGGGAACUCCGUUCAUGGAUCGUUUGUCGAAGUGUCUGCAUUUUUAUAUUCACGACCGAUUAAAUAAUGAUCCUGGUUGGCAAAACAUCUGCGUCAUUCUUUCAGACGCCAAUGUUCCCGGCGAAGGGGAACACAAAAUAAUGGACUACGUACGAAAACAAAGAGCGAAUCCGAAUCAUGAUCCUAAUACUCAUCACGUACUUUGUGGUGCCGAUGCGGACUUGAUUAUGUUGGGUUUAGCGACUCACGAACCGAAUUUCACCAUUAUCCGAGAAGAGUUCAAGCCGAACAAACCUCGUCCGUGUGACAUCUGCGGCCAGAUGGGUCAUGAAAUGAGCGAGUGUCAAGGGGCUCCUCGGAAUCCCGAAAAGAAUGACACAGAGUUUGGUGAUACACAACGAUACAUAUUCGUUCGUCUCAGUGUAUUGAGAGAGUAUUUAGCCAAAGAUCUGGUCAUGACGGGCCUCACUUUUGAGUACGACUUCGAACGUGUCAUUGACGAUUGGGUUUUCAUGUGUUUCUUUGUGGGGAACGACUUUUUGCCUCAUUUGCCAUCGCUUGAAAUUCGAGAAAACGCCAUUGAUCGUCUAGUGACGCUGUACAAAAACACCGUGAGGAAGACAAAUGGUUACGUCACUAAAAGCGGUGUGGUCCAGAUGGAUAAGGUACAGAUCAUCCUCUCCGAGUUGGGAGAAUUGGAGGAUGAAAUUUUUCGGAACCGCCAGAACCGCGAGUUGGAAUUCCGUCGACGGAACAAAAGGAAUCAGCAGAAUCAACAUCGUGCUCCGAAUUUCAUUCCCGGUGGCCAGUUUGCUCCAAACGCGCUAGGUGGAGGAAAACUCCCUAAUCCUUUGGCGAACGUUCAAUCGGAAGGUAUUGCAAUGCGGCAGCAAAGUAUGGGCAUGAGUUCGAUGACUGGACAAUCUGGAUCCGACCAGAGAGACUUGAAGAGAGUCGCCUCUGCUCCCUUGAUGCAUGGCAACGAUGAAGACGAUGAGCCUCCAGAUGAGGUUCGGCUCUGGGAAGCUGGCUUCAAAGACCGUUACUACGAGUCCAAGUUUGACUGCCCGAGUACCAGUGUGGAUUUUCGGUACAAAGUAGCUCAGGAGUACGCGUACGGGCUUUGCUGGGUGCUACGGUACUACUACCAAGGCGUUCCGUCGUGGAAGUGGUACUUUCCGUACCACUAUGCGCCUUUUGCAUCCGACUUCAUGGAGCUGACGAAGAUCUCGAAUGAGUUCGAAAAAAACACUAAACCGUUCAAACCUCUGGAGCAGCUGAUGGGUGUAUUUCCUGCUGCAAGUAGAGCUCACGUACCUGCUCCUUGGGGAGAACUCAUGUUGAAACCGAGCUCACCGAUCAUUGAUUUUUACCCGAUUGACUUCAAAAUCGAUUUGAACGGAAAGAAAUUUGCCUGGCAAGGAGUUGCCUUGCUACCGUUCGUGGACGAGAAGCGAUUGAAGUCUGCAUUGGAACCGUAUUACGAUUUGUUGACCGACGAGGAAAUACGAAGGAAUAUUCGAGGGAAAGACCGACUGUAUGUUCCCAAGAAACACCCCGGAUUCGAUUUUAUCAAUGAGCUUCAAGGAACCGAAGCCUUUGGACACGGUACAAAGGUUCCGAUCAACCCGGACUCGUUCCAUGGGAUAGCUGGAAUAAUAAUGCCGUCUAACGACUAUGUUGAAAUCGGAGGUGUUCUGGAAUCGCCGGUGGAAGGGAUGAAGCGGGUGAAGAAUGCAGCUGUCGUGAGCACAAAUUAUCAAGACCCAGUUUAUCCGAAAGAUCAUCUCUUUUCGGCGUCUCGGUUACCUGGUGCCAAAGAUCCUCCGAAUGCUCUCAAGCCGGAAGAUUUUCGCGGGAAUUAUCGCCCCAUGAUCGGAUUUGCGCGCAUGGACCAACAAGCGAGUUUGGGGGUUCCGGUGCCUUCAGAGGUGGUCGUGGAGGUUAUGGCGAUGGGGGAGGUGGAAAUUGGAAUCGGGAUGGAGGAAGUGGAAACUGGAAUCGGGGUGGGGGAAGUGGGAACUGGAAUCGGGGUGGAGGCGGCGGAAACAACUGGAGAGGCAAUUCCGGUUCUGAUCAGAGAGACGGCUACAACUCCCGAGGGGGAUAUAAUCAAAGGGACCAGAGGAACACGUAUCAAGGGUCGCAAGGUGGUUACAAUUCAUCCGAGCAAAGGAGUAAUUAUUCGCGAGGUGGAUACAAUGCCGGAAGCUACAACAAUCAGAGCUCCAACUACGGAUCUCAGCGGAGUUCUGAUCGAGGCGAGUAUUGACUUGCUGCUUGGAAAAUUGCCGUGUAAUCUCAUGGAUGGUCAUGUUAUUUAUUUGUUUUUACAGGCGGAGGAGAUUCGUGUGGAUCAAAUUCACAGUAUGGACAAGAUCGAUCCUCUCAACAGCAAGGCGGUCGUGGUGGUUCUGACCAGCGGUGGGGAAGAGAUGAUCAAGGUAAUCGACCUCGAUCAUAUUCUGAUCAAUCUUAUCGUGGAGGCCGAGGAGGGUUUAACAACAAAUAUUGAUUCAUUCUUUUAAUUCUUCACUUUAUUUCCGCCAAGAUUUUAUGCUUAAUUGGUUACAACUUGUUUGUUUGUUAUAUCUGAAGACAAUUGUUCGGACGAGUGAAAUAAAGAGCAUCAAGUUCUCAGGAUAUAA